UUCAUCUGGGAACACAUGUGAUCCAUCAAAUAUCAAGUAAAUACACAAGUGGUUUUUUUCUAAUGACUACCUACUCCCUCUCGAGUAAAUAAACAAGUGGUUUUUUUAAUGACUACCAGCCAGAAGAAUCACAAUAAGAUUAAAAAAAAAAGUUUGACCAAAAAAAUUGCAGAAUUCACUAUAAACAACAGUUUCAAUCGUUGUUUGAUCUGUGCACUCAUCAAUUCAUUCAGAUCCCUAUCACACACACACACACACACAGAGCUCCCAGUUUAAGUAAUCACUACUAACCAUGGCUGAAACUCUUGCAAAUGAACUCCUCAAAGUUCUUGUUAAGAAGAUGACCGAUGAAGCCUUCAAGCGAAUUGCUCGUGCUCAGGGUAUUCACAACGAGCUCAAGGAGUUGAAGACCACACUGUCCAGGAUCCAAGAUCUGCUUACCGAUGCCUCUCAGAAGGAGGUUACCCAUAAAUCUGUCAAAGAAUGGCUGAAUGCUCUCCAACAUUUGGCUUACGAUAUCGACGACGUACUCGACGACAUGGCGACUGAAGCUAUGCGUCGUGAGCUCACCCUGCAGGAGCCUGCAGCAUCCACCAGCAAGGUAAGAAAGCUCAUCCCAUCAUGCUGCACAAAUUUCUCACUAACUCAUAGGCUGUCUCCCAAGUUAGAUAGUAUUAACAGAGAGUUAGAAAAUCUAGAAAAACGAAAAACGGAUCUAGGUUUGCUUAAGAUUGAUGAAAAGCCAAGAAAUACUAGUAGAAGAAGCGAAACCUCUUUGCCAGAACGCGAUGUUGUGGGAAGAGAAGUUGAGAAAGAGCAAUUGCUUAAAAAGUUGUUGGGGGAUGAGGGGUCGUCUCAGGAUAACUUUAGCGUCUUACCUAUAGUUGGUAUGGGUGGGGUUGGAAAGACCACUCUCGCUAGACUUUUGUAUAAUGAUACAAAGGUGCAGGAUCACUUUGAACCCAAGGUAUGGGUUUGUGUUUCAGAUGAUUUUGAUAUUUUCAAGAUAACUGAUGCUAUCCUUCAAGAUGUGACUAAAGAAAACAAGAAAUUUAAAGAUCUAAAUCAGCUUCAAAAGGCUCUCACUGAGCAAUUUAAGGACAAACGAUUUCUACUAGUAGUUGAUGACGUGUGGAGUGAAAACUAUGGUGAUUGGGAAAACCUAGUUCGCCCAUUUCUGUCAUGUGCUCCAGGAAGUAGGAUAAUCAUGACAACUCGUAAGGAGCAAUUGCUCAAACAGAUAGGUUUUCAUAAUGUAGACCGUCUCAAGAGUUUGUCGAAUGAAGAUGCAUUGCGUUUAUUUGCAGUACAUGCAUUGGGGGUAGAUAACUUCGACUCGCACACGGCACUUAAACCGCAAGGUGAAGGUAUUGUGAAAAAGUGUGGUUGUUUGCCUUUGGCUUUAAAGGCAAUUGGAAGGCUUUUAAGGACAAAAACAGAUAGAGAAGACUGGGAUGACGUGUUGAAUAGUGAGAUAUGGGAUGUAGAAAUUGGUAAUUCCACUGAAAAUGGUAAAGAUGUGGAAAAUAGUGAUAAGAUUGUUCCGGCGCUUAGGAUAAGCUACCAUGAACUUUCUGCAGAUUUGAAGCAGUUGUUUGCAUACUGUUCCUUGUUCCCCAAAGACUUUUUGUUUGACAAGGAGGAGUUGGUAUCAUUGUGGAUGGCAGAAGGGUUUUUGAACCCAUCCAAGUCACCAGAACGCUUGGGCCGUGAAUAUUUUGAAAUUUUAUUAUCAAGGUCAUUUUUCCAACAUGCACCUAAUGAUGAAUCAUUGUUUAUCAUGCAUGAUCUGAUGAAUGACUUGGCCACUUUUGUUGCCGGAGAAUUUUUUCUAAGUUUUGACAAUCAUAAGAAGACAAAGACAGAAGCUUUGGCAAAGUAUCGCCAUAUGUCAUUUACUCGCGAGGAGUAUGUAGGUUACCAAAAGCUUGAGAACAUUUUUAGCAGUAUCUCUCGGUGUGGAUAAAGGUUGGGGCUAUUGUUACUUAUCCUCUAAGAUUUUGGAUGACUUACUUCCAGAGUUAACAUUGUUAAGGGUCCUUUCUCUAAGUCAUUUUAAAAUAAGUGAGGUACCGGAUUCCAUUGGUAGUUUGAAGCACUUGCGGUAUCUUAAUUUAUCUAGAACUAAUAUAAAAGAGUUACCGGAGAAUGUUGGCAACCUUUAUAAUUUACAAACAUUGAUUCUUUCUUGGUGUUGGUUUUUAACUAAGCUGCCUAAAAGCUUCUUAAAUCUUAAAAGGUUACGACAUUUUGACAUAAGAGGUACUCCGUUGGAGAAGCUGCCAUUGGGGAUUGGUGAAUUGGAAAGCCUUCAAACUCUCACCAAGAUCAUCAUUGAAGGAGAUGAUGGCUUUGCAAUAAAUGAGCUCAAGGGAUUAACAAAUCUCCAUGGGGAAGUUUCCAUCGAGGGACUGCACAAAGUGCAAAGCGCAAAGCAUGCACGGGAGGCGAACUUAUCUCUAAAAAAGAUUACUGGAUUAGAGCUGCAAUGGGUUGAUGUGUUUGACGGCUCACGGAUGGAUACACUUAAAGAGGAAGUUCUCAAUGAGCUGAAACCUAAUAGUGAUACGUUGAAAACGCUUUCAAUCGUGUCAUACGGGGGAACACAAAUUUCAAAUUGGGUUGGUGAUCGCUCUUUUCAUGAGUUGGUUAAUGUGUCAAUACGUGGUUGUAGAAAAUGCACAUCUCUACCCCCGUUUGGGUUGCUCCAUUCUCUUAAGAGGUUGAAGAUUCAAGGCAUGGAUGAGGUUAAAAUCAUAGGUUUGGAGUUAACCGGAAAUGAUGUUAACGCCUUCCGUUCACUUGAAGUUCUAAGAUUUGAAGAUAUGUCUGGAUGGGAGGGAU